AUGGCCGCCAGUGUCGCCCUUGCCCCGCAAGCAGCAUCCUCCCUGCCAACUGCUCAAUCAACUCCCUCCAAGAAACGCAACCACGAAGGAGAGCUUGUCGACCACGCCUCUUGCGGUUCUACAGCGCAGCUCGACAGUAGUCCUCUCACGCCCUUCCAAUCUCCCACCUCUCUACGAGACUCAAGUGACCAGCCUUCUCCAUUGACUGAGUUAGGCACCACGCCUACCACUAGCCCAGUCAAAGUGCCAGACAUGGCACCUGCACCUGGCAAGAAGCCAAAGCAAAGCUUCACUGAGAAGCAAGCUGAGAAGGCCAUUAAACAAGCAGAAAAGGAGGAAAAGGAGAGGUUAAAGGCAGAAGCCAAAGCGAGGAAAGAUGAGGAAAAGGCGAAGAAAGACGAAGAGCGAAAACGCAAAGAAGAGGAGAAAGAGGCUUUACGCAAAGUAAAGGAAGAAAAGAAGCGUGAGAAGGAUGCUGAGAAACAGGCCAAAGAGGCAGAGAGGCAGAGAAAGGAGGCCGAGUCGCUCAGGAAAGAGAGGGCUCAAAUGCGGCUCGGCGCAUUCUUUGGUAAACCGACAGCUACCUCCCUUCCAGCAGCGGUUAGUGACUGUGAGGACAUUUCUCGAGGCACCACGCCAUCCCGAAGAAGCUCGAUUGCGUCUAUCGAUCUGGAUCCUCCGCUUGUAGACACGAAGCUGUCGCCCACAAAACACGUCAAGUCCGAUGCGCGACCUUUCAUCAUGCCGUUUUUCAUCAAAGAGCACAUGCAACUGGCGCCCUUUAAUCGAUUCCUAUCGAAAAGAUCAUCUCUGCCUGACGAACUUCCACUUCACCAAGAUGGCGUCCCGGAGAAGUUGGAUGUCCGUUUUCAUAAACGUCGGCGGACACGUCAAGUCAGACCCGUCAAGAAGAUCCUGAGCGAGAUGAAUGGAUCGGAGAACGCACCUGUUGACCUGAGGAAUCCAGCAAGCCCCCUUGGGAACAUUCCCUACAAGUAUUUGUUUUACCGUGAGGAUGUUCGACCUGCCUACCAAGGUACUUAUACUCGACCCGUGUCACCACGCACGGCACGAAGACUCGCUCUCAAGCCGUCGUAUCGGGGUCUUCCAGACACAAACUACGAUUACGAUAGCGAAGCCGAGUGGCAGGAACCGGAAGAGGGUGAUGAAGAGAUCCUGGACGAUGAUGAAAAGUCCGAGGAUGGAGACGGUGACGAGGAAAUGGAGGACUUUCUCGACGAUGAGGGGGAUGUGGCAAAGCGACAGAUGGUGGUUGGGAACAUGGAACCGAAGUGCAGUGGACUGUGCUGGGAAGACGGAACAGACCACAGAGAGAACGGAUUCGACCUGUCGCACUAUCGCAUCGACGUCCUGCACGACUCGACCAGAUUGCCCAUCGAUCCGUACUCGACGGUGCACUGGUCAGAUGCCGGGAAGAAGAGCCCGGUAAAGCGAGAGGAGAAAUCACAACAAUGUGCUGCGAUGCAGCCACCUCGUCUGCCCCUUAUGGCUGUUGAUCCUAACAGCGGGAACACAGUAUCUCUAUCGCCAUUCCACAACCAUGUGUCAAAUGCCGGCCAAUCGGAGAACAACAUUCUCGCUCUCAAAGCGAAGGCAAAUGCAUCUGGAAAACCGGUCAAGCUGGUACCACCAGAGCUCAUGCCGGCGUUCAGAGCAGCGGUAACGGGAAGCACUUUGACGAAAGUGGGAUUGCUCGAGGUCCUGAAGACACAAUUUCCAAAAUGCACCAAAGAUGCAAUCAAGCAUACCGUCGAGGGGAUUGCAGAGAGGAGGAGUGCACCGGAAGGGGAGAAGAGGUGGAUUCUGCUUGACAACUAA